UAUUUCAUACAUUGACUCGGAGCGCUUGAAGCAGUCUGCGCCUUUCGACCCAUCGCAGGGAAAGUCAAUACCGCAGCAACGCAAUGAGGGAAAUCGUUCAUAUACAGGCUGGCCAGUGUGGCAACCAAAUAGGAACAAAGUUUUGGGAAGUGAUCAGCGAUGAGCAUGGGAUUGAUCCUGCCGGAAAUUAUGUCGGUGACUCAACUCUCCAGCUUGAAAGAAUAAAUGUGUACUACAAUGAGGCGUCCUCCCACAAAUAUGUUCCCCGUGCUGUACUUGUUGAUCUGGAGCCAGGCACCAUGGACAGUGUCCGAUCAGGACCCUUUGGGCAACUUUUCAGACCCGACAACUUCAUUUUUGGGCAAACAGGUGCAGGGAACAACUGGGCAAAAGGCCAUUACACAGAGGGGGCCGAGCUGGUGGAUUCAGUGCUGGAUGUGGUGAGGAAGGAAUGUGAACACUGUGAUUGUCUGCAAGGCUUCCAGCUCACCCACUCCCUGGGCGGAGGCACGGGCUCUGGAAUGGGAACGCUGCUCAUCAGCAAAAUCCGUGAGGAGUACCCGGACAGGAUCAUGAACACCUUCAGUGUCAUGCCCUCUCCCAAAGUGUCAGACACGGUCGUGGAGCCCUACAACGCCACCUUGUCCGUGCACCAGCUGGUGGAGAACACCGAUGAGACGUACUGCAUCGACAAUGAAGCUCUAUACGACAUCUGCUUCCGUACCCUCAAGCUCACCACCCCCACCUACGGUGACCUCAACCAUUUGGUGUCGGCCACCAUGAGCGGGGUCACAACUUCGCUGCGUUUCCCCGGGCAACUCAACGCCGACCUCCGCAAGCUGGCGGUCAACAUGGUGCCUUUCCCCCGUCUCCACUUCUUCAUGCCGGGCUUUGCUCCCCUCACGGCUCGGGGCAGCCAGCAGUACCGCGCCCUCACCGUGCCUGAGCUCACGCAGCAGAUGUUUGAUGCCAAGAACAUGAUGGCAGCCUGUGACCCGCGCCAUGGCCGUUACCUUACGGUGGCCACGGUCUUUCGGGGACCCAUGUCCAUGAAGGAGGUGGACGAGCAGAUGCUCGCCAUCCAGAACAAGAACAGCAGCUACUUUGUGGAGUGGAUACCCAAUAACGUCAAAGUGGCCGUGUGCGACAUUCCCCCUCGUGGUCUGAAAAUGGCUUCUACUUUCAUUGGCAACAGCACAGCCAUUCAGGAGCUGUUCAAGCGCAUCUCAGAACAGUUCUCAGCCAUGUUCAGGAGAAAGGCCUUUCUUCACUGGUUCACUGGAGAAGGGAUGGAUGAAAUGGAGUUUACAGAAGCUGAAAGCAACAUGAAUGACCUGGUUUCAGAAUACCAACAAUAUCAGGAGGCCACGGCCAAUGAUGAAGAAGAGACUUUUGAGGAAGACGAAGAUGACAUUAAUGAAUAGAAACAUUGAUCUGCAACUUGCUCUUAUAUUGUUUGGAAAUUACUUUUUUACAGUGCAUUUGGGGUUCCAAGACACUUUUUUCCCUUGUUGGUGUGUUUUUAUAGAGCUAAAGGAGAACAACGGAAUUGUAACAAGUUUUAGCAAAGUGUUUAUCUGAAACAAAAGCAGUUAGAAUAAAAAUUUAAAAAGAGAUACAACCAAACGUGUCUGUGGGUUUAUAAGA